AUGUCCCCUUCACGCUCAUCGCCCUUCGCAUACCAGCAGAAGCUCCUCGAACGGUCCGGGUCUAAGCCCGCUGCACUCGCCGGGAGUGGCGCAAAUGGACAUGGCGGCAGCGGGAGCGGUGGCAGUAGCAGUACAAUGGGAGGCGGUAUGACAUCCUCGACCAGUCUGCGCAAAUACCCAAUGCCCGGAGGUCAUCGUCACACCAGUUCCUUUGACCCAAGCAAGUUCGCAGCCGGCGCUACAGGUGGUCUGGGCAAUGGUAGUGCAAGCAGGCAUGCCCUCUCUGACGGGCCGGCUUCUGCCUCUACUCCCAGGUCGGGACUGAGCGGCUCACCUCCCAAGAGCAGCUAUCGUACCGGGAUGAGCGGUGUUGCCCCUUCGACUCCUCCGAGUGCGCUAGGCAAUGCCGCCUCCUCUAGGGUCAACCGACAUUACUCGAUGCCUCCAGCUCCCAGGGAGGCAGACGCCUACUCUUCAUCCUCUUCACAACCACCCUCCCCUGUCAAGCUCGGCAGCGUAUUUCCCGGCGCACCUCGCCCCCUUUCCCCUACGAAGAUGUAUUACGAUCGGCCCCCUUCCCCGCACAAGAGUCCUGGCAAGGAUGAUGCCUCGUGGAUCAAGAAUGGAGUAGGAGGAAUCAGCAGUGCACCUGCAGACGGAGGAUCGUUCUGGUCCCACUCUGCGACCAAUUCCCCUGCUCAGGCUCCCGCUGCAGUGCACCUAGGUGGGGUAGGUGAUCUGAAACGGUCCAGCGUGGGAGCUCUGAAGAUGAUGAGGAACUUCACAGCCAAGUCGGACCCCGCUUCGCCCUCCUCCCAUAGCGCUGCUGGUGGAGAUGCGGGGACGAUGCGUAUGACAGUGGGCCGCGCUAGGGCCGAAAGCAGUCAUAAGCCUGCCGGGCCCCCUAGCCUAGGGCUGGACUCGGUGGCCGAGGAUCAACGUCCUGAACGUCCGGGUCGAAUAGAAUCAGAGGAUCAGGAGGGAGGAGAGAUCUACAUUCCAGGAAUCACCACCGGCGCAGAAGACGUCUCUGGUCUGCAUGGCCGUAUUCGUCUUGCAAGACAGGACACUGCUGGACCUGGUACGAUUGCAAUGGGCAAGUCGAGCAGUAGUGCUGGUGGUCCGGUUGUGGCAACGAGCAGCAUGACAUCCUCCCUGCCCUUUUCUGCCAAUUCAAAGUGGAUGGAUACGCAACGUCACCUCUUGCAAGCCUACGAGUACCUCUGCCACUGUGGGGAAGCAAAGCAAUGGAUGGAAGCCUGCCUCGUCGACGCUCACGACGAAGCCGCCUUGACUGAAGGGGGAGGUGUAGGUGAUGUGGUGGACAUGGAGAACCAGAUGCGCAACGGAGUCACCCUUGCCAAGAUUGCCCGCCACUUUGAGCCCGACUUGGUACCGAGGAUCUUCACUCAUCCAAAGCUACAGUAUAGACAUACGGACAACGUCAAUUACUUUUUCAAAUUCGUCCACUGGGUUGGCCUGCCGGUCUUUUUCCAUUUCGAGCUGACGGACUUGUAUGAGAAGAAGAACUUCCCAAAGGUCAUCUACUGUAUUCAUGCUCUGAGUCACAUCCUCGCCCGCCAAGGCAGGUCGGUCAAGGUCAACAACCUCAUCGGCAAGCUAGAGUUCACAGAUGACCAGCUACAGCAGACGCAGCGAGGCCUCGAUGCUGCCGGUGUGGCUAUGCCCAGCUUUGGAGGCCUGGGCAAGGCCCUCGCCAAGGAGAUGAACAUCGAGCCAGAGCCGGAGCCAGAGCCAGAAGAGACAGAACAAGAGCGCAUCGAUCGUGAGUUGCAAGAAAAUGUCGGCUCGGUCAUUUCUCUGCAAGCCGCUUGCAGAGGAGCCCUGGCCCGAGACGAGUUCCAGAUUCGACGAGGAGAUGCCCGACGAGCAGAAGCAGAACGACAACGAGCGAUUGAAGAAGAGCAACGACGACGACGACUUCUCGAGGAAGAAGAGGCCGCGAGACUUGCUGCCGCUGCCGAGCGACAACGACGCCUCGAGGCCUUUGCUCCCCGUCUUCAAUCGGCCGUCCGAGGUGCCCUUGUUCGCAAACGCUUCUACAGCCGAUUUGCCUCACUUGAAGCGCACGACUCGAAGAUUGUCGAAUUGCAAGCUCGAGCGAGGGGAGCAAUUGGCCGACGUGCUCACCAGCAACUCCUCUCCCAUCUUGCAGAAGCUACCCCUGACAUCAUCAAGGCACAGACUGCUGCUAGAGCUCUCUUGGCCAAGAGGGCUCUGUUGACCAAGAUUCGAAGCAUGAGAUCUGUAGAUGGCGAGAUUGUGCUGGUGCAAGCUCAAAUCCGGGGAGUGCUCGCGAGGAGAAAGCAAGAAGCCCUGGGUUCGGCAUUUCAGAGGGCAGAAGUCACUCGGUCGGUAGGUGGGGUGCAGAGUCUCGCCCGUGCCGUCUUGGCUCGACGCAAGCACCAGGAACAGCAGAAGCAGCUCAGCUACGUCUCGCAAGACGUCACGGCUCUGCAGGCGCAGAUCCGGGGGAUGAUGGUCAGACAGGAGUACGACUGGUGGAGAUACCAUAUCCACGAAAAUGAGCCAGUAGCGGUGUAUCUGCAGUCCCUCGUGCGGGGUAUGCUGGCCCGCAGGGCUUUCCGCAACAAGAUGCGACAUUAUCACGAGCACAUGGACAAGGUCGUCAAGAUUCAGUCUCUCUUCCGCGGAAGACAACAGGGCGAGCAGUAUCGUUCCCUUACCAUGGGCAAGAAUGUUCCCGUCUCUACCAUCAAGAAUUUCGGUCAUCUGCUCAACGACUCUGAUCAUGACUUUGAAGAUGAGAUCGAGGUAGAGAGGCUGAGGAAGCUUGUCGUGAGGAGCAUCAGGGAGAACCAAACGCUCGAAAAUGAUGUGACGGAGCUGGAUGGAAAGAUUGCUCUGCUGGUCAAGAAUAAGAUUGGUAUCGAGGAGUUGAUCAAGGCCAAGAACGAAAGGGGACUUCUCAGGCCGAGGGAGGCCAACGCUGCCACCUCGUCCGUCUUGGCUGCCGCUGGAGAUCCAUUUGCCGAUGAGACGCUGGACAAGGCGGCGCGGGCGAAGCUGGAACUCUACCAGGAACUCUUCUACUCUCUUCAAACUCGACCUGAGUACCUCGCAAGACUCUUUGCCAGAGUGGGCAAGCUGGACAUGGCCGACCGCCAACGCAAGCAAGUGGAGAAGAUUGUCCUGACCCUCUUUGGAUAUGCACAAAAGGCUCGAGAGGAGUUUCUCCUGCUGAAGCUCUUCCAACGAUGUGUGCCCGAAGAGCUCGUUCUUGCCGGUUCCGUGCAGGACUUUAUGCGUGGCAACCCGCAAUUCUUCAAGCUCGUAGUGCAAUACAACCGAGGUGCAAAGGAAAGGCAGUAUCUCCGCGAUGUCCUCUCUCCGCUCGUCAGAAGCAUCAUCGAAGAUGAGGGCUUGGAUCUCGAGACGGACCCGUGCGCCAUCUAUCAAGCCACCAUCAACCAGGAAGAGAUGGAGACGGGCAGGGCCUCGGCUCGUCCUCUCGAAGUAGACUUCCAGGAAGCUCUAGCCGACCCAAUGGCUCGUACCAUCUUCAUUCGUCACCUGCAAGCUCUGCGAGCCUCCACUGAAGCCUUCCUCUCGAGCAUCACGGCCUCGACUCGUCGCAUGCCCUUUGGGAUUCGCUACAUCGGCCGAGAGGUCUUCCGCGCCCUGCAAGCUCGCUUCCCGCACGAGUCAGAGGACAGCCUGAUCAAAAUCGUCGGACACCUCGUCUACUACCGCUACCUCAACCCGGCCGUGGUGGCGCCAGAGUCGUUUGAUGUCAUCGAAAAUGUCAUUGGGCCUACACAACGCAAGAAUCUCGCAGAGGUGUCCAAGAUGCUCACGCAGAUCUCCAAUGGACGUCUCUUCUCUGACGAUAACCCUUACCUGCAACCACUCAAUGAGUAUGUCACUCAGGCUUCGGCGAGGUUCAUCCAGUGGCUGUAUGCCGUCAUCGAUGUGCCCGAUGCCGAGGAGUACUUCCACGCGGAUGAAUUCCUGGACCAUGCUGCUGUACAGGCACAGCGUCCCGUCAUCUACAUUUCGCCCAAUGAGAUCUACUCGAUGCACCUACUGGUCUCACAGCAGCUCAGCGCCAUCGCCCCUGAUAUGGAGGAUCCACUGAGGGUGAUCCUCGAGGAGCUGGGCGCACCGCCUGUUUCCAGCACACAGGAGCUGAGUGAUGCCCGUCUGGGUGAGAUCACCUUUGAGCUGGUGAGCAGGCGGACUUCUCUCAGGGAUCCAGAGGCGGACACAAAGGCUCUUUUCGUAGAGACGAAGCGACUGGUCCUCUCCCUGCUUAAAGUGCAGUCGGGCAAGACGCUCGUGGAUGUCUUCCUCACCCCGAUCACCGAACAGGACGAGGCUACAUGGCAGGAGAUUGUGGCGCUCGAAAGCCAGCAGCUGGCGGAAAGCCAGCAGCUGGCGGCCAGCCAGCAACACCACCAGCAGCAGCAGCGUCGCCAUGCUCCACGUCUCGAGGACGUCCGUCAGAUGUCACUCACAGAGCUCAAGGCCCGGACGAUGGAGAAUAUCUUGCAGCUCGAGAAAGCCGGCAAGGUUACGCGCGCGAGCGGGUACACGGAGAUGCUCAACAGUAUCGCGUCGGACAUUCGGCAGAAGCAUCGCAAGCGUGUGCAGCGCGCCAAUGAGAAGAGUUCCAUGCUCAGCACCCUAGACAACCUGGCGCAGAAGAAGCGGUACCUCGAGGAGCAAAUUGCCUCGUACCACUCCUAUGUGGAUGCUUCGAUGCAGACGAUGCAGAAAAAGGGUACAAAGAAGCGCUUCGUCGUGCCCUUCUCCCAGCAAUACUUCCACCUCCGAGAGCUCAAGCAGCAAGGCAAAGUCCCGCAAUUUGGCUCUUACAAGUACCCCGCUGCACGUCUCCACGAGAAGGGUGUGCUCCUCAGCAUCGACGACUUUGGCGAGCGGGCAGGUCAGUUUGACCAACUCACACUCACCAUCUCCUCUGAUCAAGCAGGAGUCUUCACAAUUGACGCGCUUCUCCUCGGUGUGAAAGCGGGGAGUACAGAUUUGAGAAUCGAAGAGUUGUUGGAGUUGCAGGCUAGUGGGACGGGAAAUGUGCAGGAGAUUGCAAUUGGUGGAGCAAAGGCCAAGUUGAACCUCAAUUUGCUCAUUCAUUUGAUCAAUAGGAAGUUCUACGCUUAG